AUGUGCAGUGCUAUAGGAUUGAGGUCUAAACGUAUCACUGUUAACGCACAUGUGCCCGUAGGCUCUUCCGAACGCCGCUGUCUGUAUGUGUAUCUUUAUGGCCUGGAAGUACAUGUUUAUAAUCGUACCUCUGUGUACGAUGCGCUCAGGGACUUGUUCCAAAUCAAGCAGGAGAAAAGCCCGGAUUCGUCUCAAAUUUGCUCGUUGCGGUUUGGAUCAAGAAAGAACGCAGAGGGUUUGAUUUCCCAUUCCGGUGGUUCAAACAAGCACCACGCUUUGGUUGAAGACGACGACGAUGAUGAAAAUAACGCUGCUGAAGAAUCCGCUCAAGGUUUUCUGGAUAUGUUCUGGACCCAUGCUCGACGUCUCCUGCAUAGUGUGAAGUUUAAUCUGGAACUGGUAAGUGCGUUUUUGCGCAGAUCCAUCUUACGCAUGUUGUGGAAUUUUUAG